AUGAGAAUCCCCUACGCUCCCUCCACACCCCCUCCCAACUCCACCCCCGAAACACACGCCAUCUACCAACGCAUCGCAACCCGCCGCGCUCCCCGCCCUCUGAUCCCCCUCGACCUCGCCCUCCUCCACAACCCCUCCAUAGCAGACGGCUACAACACCCUGCUCUCCGCCCUGCGCACCUCCACACUCCUGCCACAAUCCCUGGCCGAAUUGGCAAUCUGCUACAUCGCCGUCCUCAAUUUCGCCACGUAUGAAUGGACCGCGCAUGCGCCUCUCGCUCUCAAAGCCGGCGUUCGGAGGGAGGUUUUGCAGGCCGUGUUGAGGGAGGAGAUUCAGAGUGGGGCGUUGAGUGCCGAGGAGAGGAUCGUGUGCGAGUAUACGAGGGAGAGUACUGUCGGGGUCAAGGUGUCGGAGGAGACAUUUAGCAAGGUCAAGGAGUUGUUUGGGGAGAGAGAGGUGUUGGAGUUGGUCAUGGUUGUGGCCGGGUAUAAUAUGGUGAGUAGGUUGUUGGUAGGCUUGGAUGUCACCGAGAGUAAUGGCAAGGAAAUGGUCAUGCCGGCCGAGGAGGACAAGCCGUGA